UAUAGAUGACUGUAAAUAAUGGUGUUUUUGGCCGUCAUUUAUUCACUGGUGAUAUUCCUGCGUUUCGAUUCCCUACAAGCAAACCCGGAGUCGCAAGGUUAUUGUGCUCCAUACAGUGGCAAAAUAUGCAAGAAAUAUCUUAGUGGAAUUGGAAAGGUAUGGUUUAAUGAUUCCAAUGACAAUCCUGGAGGAUGGCUGAAUGAGAAGAUCACAGCAGACCUCUGGGUGGAGUUGAUAGAGACCCUUCUAGAGCCAUGUCGUUCAGCAGCAGAGAAAAUGCUUUGCAUGUAUGCGUUUCCAUUGUGCCACGAAUCCACUGGCCUGCCUCUCUGCUACGAAGACUGCAUGGCCGUACGGCAGCAGUUCUGCUUCAACGACUGGGCGAUGAUCGAAGACAACAAGCAGAGAGACAUUUACAUUCGUUCACGUGGGCACUUUGUGUUACCAGAUUGCAAGAAUUUGCCCAAAGUGGACAAGGAAACGCCUACCUGUUCGCAUGUGCACUUAACCGACAUGAACGAGGAAGUCGUCACUUACGAUUGCAUCAGAGAUAACGGUAGAUUCUACAUGGGGAUGGUAAACAAGACUAAAUAUGGCCUGGACUGCCAGUCAUGGAGCGCACAGAUACCACACAGUCAUGAUAAACCGCCUGACGUCUUCCCGCAGAUACGCUACGGUGAAAAUUACUGUAGAAACGCGGGCGGCGAUGAGCCGUUGCCGUGGUGCUUCACAACCGAUUCCUCAACACGUUGGCAGUAUUGCGAUAUUCCUGUAUGUGAUAAUGUUACAACUAAAAUGGAGAUUGAACCAAAAGAUAUAAUGAUGGACACCCUAUUCAAUAACACACUAGUACUCAUAUUGUCAGUGUUGGGUUUUGUAAUUGUAGCUGGAGCUCUAUUGUCUAUCUUGCUGAGUCAAAAAAUACACAAACGCCACCGAGGCUAUAAUCCGACCGAUAAUCAAGACGUGAACAUCGAUUUGGACAAGCUGCCAAACAACGAGGCAUAUCACAAGACGAGUGCGCAGUUAAAUCCUAAAUUAGAGAAACUGGAGUUCCCGCGGAAUAAUAUCAUCUACGUGCGGGAUCUGGGUCAGGGCGCCUUUGGUCGUGUGUUCCAGGCGAAGGCACCGGGGCUGGUCCCAGACGAGGAGUUCACAAAUGUCGCUGUAAAGAUGUUAAAGGAGGAAGCGUCAGACGACCUGCUGCGGGAUUUCGAGCGAGAGGCAUGUCUCCUUGCCGAGUUCGAUCAUCCGAACAUCGUGAAGUUGCUGGGUGUUUGCGCGCUUGGACGGCCAAUGUGCCUGUUGUUCGAGUACAUGGGUCGUGGCGAUCUGAACGAGUUCUUGCGCUUUUGCUCACCCAGCAAUUACGUUAUCCGUGUCCUUUGCAUGGACGACGGCCCGACAGCGGGCGAGCCCUCGCAACUGUCGCACAUGGAUUUGAUCAACAUCGCACUACAAGUGGCAUCCGGUAUGGUUUAUCUGUCCGACCGGAAGUUUGUUCAUCGCGACCUGGCGACGCGCAACUGCCUAAUAAAUGAUCAGAUGAUCGUUAAGAUCGCUGACUUCGGGUUGUCGCAAAAAAUAUACCUGCAGGAUUAUUACAAAGGAGAUGAACAGGACGCCAUCCCCGUCAGAUGGAUGCCACUGGAGAGUAUAUUGUACAACAAAUACACCGUCGAGUCAGAUGUGUGGGCGUUCGCCGUGUGUCUCUGGGAGAUCUUCAGCUUCGCGUUGCAGCCGUACUACGGGAUGACGCAUGAAGAGGUAGUCAAGUACAUCAAAGAGGGCGAAGUGCUACGCUGCCCAGACAAUACGCCACAGUCGAUCUAUGAUCUGAUGAAGCUGUGUUGGAAUAGGCGGCCAUCAGACCGGCCUACCUUCCGAACGAUUUAUCAGACUCUCGACGGAAUCAAGCAGGAUCUGGAGGCAGAAUGUAAGUCAGACAGCGUUCCACUACGUAUCCGCGUAUGA